AUGUAUAACGUCAUGCUAUCUCUUCGUUCUUUGGACGAGGAGAGCUGCCGCCAAACAUUAUCUAUGGAGCUGUCUAGACUUGAGGGUCUAGUUACAACUGAUGAGAGAUACGAUGCACCGCUCCUUGAAGAUUACCAUUACGUCUUAAGUCUCGUAAACAAUGAUACACAAAAAGCACUUGCUAAAAUUACGACUUUCUCUAUGAGCCCACAGCGACGCCAAAUUCAGAAACUUGUUGAGCAGCAAGAGCUCGUCGCCAACGAGUUGAAGAAGGACUCGUCUUGGGCCGAGCGUUAUAGAACACAUGUCGACAAUCAUGGGACUCUGUACGUGUUGGAAAACGAUCUGACGAACCCACGCUUGGGGAAGUUUGAACAUGGAUUUUUGAUGAAAAUACUUGAGGCACCCCGAAAGCAUUACAUUUGGAAGGAGGCAGCAGAUCAAAUAUCGUCUCCCCUGCAUGCUGGUGAACGACCAUUGGUAUGCGACGUCCUUAAAAUCCUAGACAGGUGCCUUGAAAUAACUAGACUGGACCAAGAAAAACUCCACAGUUUGCAAGAUGAAAGCAAAGAGCAGGAUUCCUACCUGUGGAACUGGCUGCCACAAACCAUUUCCCGGAUUCUCGGCGAAAAUGUUGAAGAUGGUGCGCCAAACGGUGAGGAAAAGUUACGAGAUCGUUUUGGUCAAGAGACUUUCAUGAUAAGCCGAUUUUUGAUCGAUAUGCGCUAUAUGGAGGAUGAGCGGAACGAAAAGUUUCUAGCUAAGGUGCUGAAGCAUGCACCUCUAUUUACCCCCCUCAUCCCAAUGCUCUCGUUGCAGCAAAAGGAUAUCGAAGGCGAAAUUGAAUAUCUCAGAAAGAAGGUUGAGAAUAUGGAUCGUAAUCAGAAUUGA